AGAUAACAACCCACCUCGCAACUCUCUCUCUCUCUCUCUCUCUCUCUCUCUCUCUCUCUCAAGGCUUCAUCUCACAAACCCCCCUUCUCAAAUCCCCACUAUCUUCUCAUCCCAUAUUCCUCUCUCUCAAAUAACGAUUCAUUUAUCGAAGUUUUAUUUAGGUAUGAGCAAUAGCACUACAAGACCAAGAGCGAGGUCCACGCUCAACUUGGCUUACGAUAGAGGUUGAUAAGUUCUGAACUCAGAAUACCAAACGGUAUCGGAGGUCCAAAAUUUUUUGAAUUUUUUUUUUCCCGAACUUCUAAGAUGGAUUCGGACAAGGCUAAGGGAAAGAAGAACUUGCUCCUCAAGACGUGGGACCGGUGCCGAUCGCUCCCGCGCGAAAGAUCCACAAGUAGUACGGGUACCUUCACGAAGAGCAAGAGCCGCCGGAAUGAUCGGGCGGCACCGGAGGGGUGUUUCUCGGUCUACGUGGGACCGGAGAAGCAGCGGUUCGUGAUCAAGACCAAGUACGCCAACCACCCGCUGUUCAAAAUGCUGCUGGAAGAUGCCAAGGAGGAAUACGGGUACAGCAGCGAGGGUCCGCUGCUGUUGCCGUGCGACGUCGACUUGUUCUGUAAAGUGUUGGCCGAGAUGGAUGGCAAAGAGGAGGAGAUUGUGCCCCGUUGCGGGUUUGCGCACGGGUCGUGCAGCCCGUUUGCGCCGGGUCGGAGGGUGGGGAGGAAUGGGAACAUGGCUAAGGUUUACGGGUCUAAUUAUGGGUAUGGGCUUCUUACUCCGUCGAGAUUGCUCAAGAUGAAUCAGUUUUAAGUUUUAUUAACUGAUCCAUAUAUAAACAGUUUGUCUCGGGCCUCUCGACUUUAAUCGGGAUCCCUGCUAGUGUACGAUAAAAUGAUUUCUGGUUCCUGGGUUUAUUGGGCCGGAUACUGAGUUAUAAAAAAAGAGGAAUCAGUUUUAACUGUGUAGGAUCGAUCAAAGUGUUUCUCAAGUAUAGAAAACAUAUUGUAGUCUAUGUAGUUCAGGCUUUAGCUAGCUAGCUUAAUUAUGAUCCGUUGUACCGACAUAUAUAUAUGUAAGGACACUGUUAAAAAUGCAUAUAUUGUGAUUCAGUUUUUCUGAUCGAAGUGAUGAACUAGUGC